UGCACUAAUACACGAAUCUUCUCAAUAUCCACCAGAGUUUUUGUGGGAAAUUUCUUCAUCGUUCGUCUAUAACAUGAAUUUUGAACACUGAUGAUAAUCUCUAAUCUCACUAACCACAUAAACACAACAAAUCACAAGAAACAUUAAAUUGUUACGCUACCUGUGGUGGUGGGUGGUGUAAAUCUAGGAAAUAUUAGAGAUCUCAAAGUACUAAGUAGUCACAUCCCAAGCUUGACGUCACAAUGGGUGGGGCGGAUAAACCCAUCGUCGCCAAACUCGUCAUAAUCGCCAGUAAUUUGACGAAAGGUGCGGGAUUUUUCGAGCUAAUACCGGACAGGAGAUAUGCCCUUAUGAAAACGGCCAGACAUUCACAUUGGUGGGAAAUCUAUGAUCUGCAGGUGGGACGCCGGCUCACUGCUUUUAAAACGAUGGAGACGCAUGCCGGUUACGUGGACACGUACGCCCUCCCAGCUGCCGUACUCAUAGAUCUGAUCAGACUGACCGUGAGCGUGUACAAGGACGAAGGGGUGGGCCCAUCUGUGAUAAGAACGGGUGGUUCCAUAGCUGGGGGCUGGGCUGGAGGCUACGUUUGUGCACAAGUUGGCUACAAGGCGGGCGAAUUACUAGGAGGAAUGUUGGGGCCUAAUCAUGAGGGGGUGAUGGCCGUCGUCUUUGGCUAUCUUGGAGGAGUCGUGGGUGCUCAGUAUGGAGAUAAACUAGCUAGGCUCGUACUUCAGGGGGAAUAUUAAUGAACAUAAUAUAUAAUUUCCGUUGUGUUCUGUGGUAGUAUUAAAUAUAAUAUUGUAAUUAUAAAUCAUAAACAAAAAGUCAUUUUAUUAAUUCCAUAAAUUAUCGAAAAUGUCGUUAUUGUCAAACCUGUUACUUAAUUUAUAUAAUAAUACAUAAGAAAUAUGCGUA